AUGAAUGCAGGCCCCUCUUGGAAUAAAGUACAGCGUCCAAAGAAUUCAAGAAAAAGGCAGAGUAAAUCCCAAGUCCCCCAUAUCUCGUCCCAGCUGAAAAGCAGUCUCGGAGGAUGUGUCCCCCAACCAACUGAGGAUAAACUGAAGGAAAGCAUUUCCCCGGAAGGAAACCCCAAAAGGAGUCCCCUUGGCUACAGGUGUCGGGGGUCCUCAGGGAACAAGUUGUUUCUGGACUUUCAGACUAUGAAAAUUAUCAAAGAAGAUGCUGAGGAGGACAGUGCCAGUGACCUCUCUGAUUCAGAAAGAAUCCCCGUCCCCCCUCCUCCCCUCACACCUCCAGAUCUUCACCUUCGAGCCGAAGAGAUUGAUGCGGUUCACUUCGAUCUGCACCCAGGGCAGGGUCCCACCCAACAGCCCGAAUACUCUUACCCUGACUUCCUCCCGGCCCCAUGUAACUCCUGGGACCUGCGGGACAUGGCUGUGCUCCUACACUCUGAGCGCAGGACAGAGGCAGUGCCCAGACCUGGAGGGCUGCUGGGGAAGUACAUCGACAGGCUUGUCCAGCUCGAGUGGCUGCAGAUCCAGACAGUCCAGUGCGAGAAAGGAAAGGGGGCCAAGGCGAGGCCUCCCACUGCCCCUGGGACCUCGGGGGCACUGAAAAGCCCUGGGAGAAGCAAGCUGAUUGCCAACGUUCUGUCCAGGCCUCAGCAGGAAGGGCCUCCGAAGUCAGGCCCUUCACGAAAGAAGGACGUGCACCGCGCAGAAGUCCAUCCGUCCUAUUACACAUGUGAGGCUUCCACCAAACCCCUCGAUAUGCUGAGUAGCAGCAGACUGUGUUCUCAGAAGCAAACCCUGGACGUGCAGACAGAGGAGAAGAAAAAGAAAUCCAACAAGAGCUCCAAGCUGCAGCACUGGGAUCUGUCCUGUGGGGACAGCGGCAACCCUAAGAUCGAGAGCAGCGUGAACCUUCGCCUUCCCAGGCAGCCAGCGGUGAUCGGGGACUCCACGGACACCUUCAAGGCCUCCAGAGCGCCAGCACAUGCAAGUCUUAAGCAAAAGGGAAAUGCAAAUAAUUGUGCUCGAGCCACUGUAUCCAGCGAGAAAAAGCUCAAAACAAAUGGAGUAAAACAAAACACACACAAAUUCAAAUCAUAA